AUGGCAGCAGCGCAUUCGUGGCUUGAGCCGUGGCUGGAUGUACCCCAAGCCUGGGAAGGGAAUUUCUGGGCGGGAAUGGAAGGCUGCCCAGGAGCCCACGGCACCGCGACGGUGGACGACGGCUCUUCGGCGGUCGGCCGUGCGGUUCGGCCUUUGGGCGAUAGACGCGACCCCAUUUUUAACCUCUUCACCCGGGCCAGGGUACCUUACCCAGUACCCCGGCAGCCAGGAUACUGCCUCUCUCAACUUCGACUUCUCUUCUUACCAUCGUCAUCGUCAAAACCCUGGACAUGGGAAAAGAAGAGAUCAAUGCUCCUCCCCAUGCCACGCGCGCGCCGCCGGUACGCCACACACGGCGCAAAGACCUUUGAUCUGCGCAGUCCGAUGUUUCUCUUUGGGCCCUGA